AUGGCCGACGCCUCCGCCGACGAGGCGCUGGCCCGCAUGGGCUACAAGAGCGAAUUGCCUCGAAACUUGAGCAUGCUCAGCAUCCUGGGCUUGUCCUUUGCCAUUAUGGCCGCGCCGUACGGCCUCAGUACCACCCUCUAUAUUACCCUCGAUGACGGCCUCUCCGUGACGAUCAUCUGGGGCUGGGUGUUCGUUACCCUCAUCUCCAUCGCCAUCGCUGCCUCUCUCGCCGAGAUCUGCGCCGUCUAUCCCACCGCCGGCGGUGUUUACUACUGGAGCGCGAUGCUGUCUACUCGGCGCUGGGCUCCGCUCAUGUCAUUUAUCGACGGCUGGUUGACACUGGUUGGGAACUGGACUGUCACACUGAGUAUUAUCUUCGGUGGUGCCCAAUUGAUCCUCAGCGCGAUCGCGCUUUGGGAUGAGUCCUUUGUUGCCAAUGCCUGGCAGACCGUCUUGAUGUUCUGGGCGGUGACCCUGGCCUGCACCCUCGUCAACAUCUUCAUGUCGCGUUGGCUAGACCUCAUUAAUAAAGUGUGUAUCUUUUGGACUGCUGGAAGCGUCAUUGUCAUCUUGAUCACGCUCCUCACCAUGGCCGAUCACCGGCGCAGUGGUGAAUUUGUUUUUGCAGAGUACGACUCCUCGCAGAGUGGAUGGCCUGCCGGUUGGGCAUUUUUCGUUGGCUUGCUGCAGGCAGCAUACACGCUGACGGGCUACGGAAUGGUCGCGGCCAUGUGUGAGGAGGUGCAGAACCCGCACCGCGAAGUCCCCAAGGCCAUCGUGCUGUCCGUGGUGGCCGCCGGUAUCACGGGACUGCUGUACUUGAUCCCCAUCCUUUUCGUCUUGCCCAAGGUGAAGAUGCUGCGCGAGGUGGCCAGCGGACAGCCGAUCGGGUUGGUUUUCAAAACCGUGACGGGCUCCGCGGGCGGUGGUUUCGGUCUGCUCUUCCUGAUCCUCGGGAUCAUGAUGUUCGCCGGAAUUGGGUCCUUGACGGCGGCCAGUCGCUGUACCUAUGCUUUUGCUCGUGAUGGAGCUAUUCCUGGUUUCCACCUCUGGCGCCGGGUUAACAAGAGACUGGACGUGCCUGUGUGGGCGAUCAUUUUGUCUUCCAGUGUGAUUGCCUUGUUGGGCCUGAUCUACUUUGGCUCGACGGCAGCCUUCAACUCUUUCACCGGUGUGGCUACCAUCUGCCUUUCCACCUCUUACGGCCUGCCCAUUAUGAUCUCCCUUAUCCGGGGCCGACAGGAUGUCAGCCGCUCUACGUUCUCCUUGGGCAAAUUUGGGUUCGUGAUCAAUGCCAUUACCAUUGUUUGGAUCGUGCUGGCGGUGGUUCUGUUCUGCAUGCCCUACACGCUGCCCGUCACGCCCUCAUCGAUGAACUACGCGAGUGUUGUAUUUGCUGGAUUUGCCAGCAUCAGCAUCAUCUGGUACUUUGUAUAUGCGCGCAAGCAUUUCACCGGGCCUCCGAUUAGCGCGGAUGAGGCUGCGGCCGCGGCGGGGGUCAUGACCGGCAGCGCGGUGGACUCCGAGAACGCGGUGGCUGAGAUUGCGGAGUUGAAGAAGUCUCCCAGUGAAUAG